AUGAGUGGUCGACAAGGAGGCAAAGCAAAGCCCCUCAAAGCUAAGAAGAAGUCAGGACGACACCCAGGCUUUGGACACAGGUUGACGAGAUAUUUUCCGACCAUUGGCCCAAAGGAGUUGGACGAAGAUGACAUCGCGCACCAGCAGAAAAUGCGUGAAGAAAAGAAGAAAAUGGCCGAUAUGGCGAAGAAAGCAGGCGGCAAGGGGCCACUCACUUCUGGAGGCAUCAAGAAAUCCGGCAAAAAAUAA